AUGCAGCACGAGAUCGAUGACGAGGCGGACACGAUGGAGGAUGCAGUGGUGCUGCUGCUCAUGCUGUUCGUGCUGGUAGUGGUAUCCUUUGUGCUGGACCGGUAUUCGUGUAAUGUGGUGUCGCAAAGCGGCUUCGCGAUGGUCUUCGGCCUCGUUGUGGGGCUAUUCAUGAUCAUGGGGGACAAACACACAGCACUGCACACGCAUCUCGACCUGGACAACAGCCUGUUCUUCAAUGUGUUGCUGCCACCAAUCAUCUACGAAGGAGGCUUCUCCAUCAAGCGGCAGGCAUUCUUCCGCAACUUCCCAGCUAUCAUGAGCACGGCUGUGGUUGGUACUGUCGUGGCUGCCACUAUAACGGGCGGCGUGCUGUACCUCGCUGGGGCGUCGAAGAUGGUGACGAGGCUCUCGUGGGUCGAGGCGCUGCUCUUCGGCACGCUAAUUAAUGCUGUGGAUCCGGUGGCUACGUUGUCGUGCUUUAAUAAGCUGCACGUCCCACCGCUCCUGUUCAACCUCGUGUUUGGAGAGAGUGUGAUCAACAAUGCCGUGGCAAUUGCGCUGUACCAGACACUGCACAAAUGGGACGUUGGCACCGAUUUGAGUUGGAAGCAGUUGCUGCGAGUAGCAGUCAACACCAGUGGAAUGUUUGUAGGCUCGCUGCUUGUGAGUGCAGCAAUCACACUUUGCGGUGCCUUCUUGCUCAAGCGCAAGGUUUUCUCGUCGCUGCAUUUCUUCCCCAGCUACGAGAUCUGUUUGUGCUUGAUUUUCAGCCUGCUGACAUAUUACGUGGCCGACAGUCUGAAGCUAAGUGGCAUUGUUGCUCUGUUCUUCUCAGGAACCAUGACAGCUCACUACCAUUUCAACGUGCUCUCACGUGAAGCUCGACAUGCGUUUACGCAUCUGCUUCACACGAUUUCGUUUGUGUGUGAGAACGUCGUGUAUGUGUUCAUGGGGACAUCGGUGAUAAUGAUCUUUUCCGGUCACCCAGAGAAGAGUUUGGGUGCUGCGCUUCGGGUAGACGACAUCGACUGGCACUUCAUUAGUCUUACACUGGUGGCAUGCGUUGUGGCUCGCUUCUUCAAUAUCUUCCCGCUCCUAAAACUUUCCAACUGGUCGCGGGAGUCUUCCGACCGGAUUCCAGUCAAGUACAUGAGCGUGAUAUGGUUCGUUGCUCUUCGUGGCUCCAUCGCAUUCGCGCUCGCUAAGAACUGGAAUUACAUUGGUCGGUAUGGUUCUCACCGCCAUCUUAUAGAAUCUACCACGCUCGUCGUGGUGCUCUUUACGACAAUUGUGAUCGGUGGAAUAACUGGUCCGCUCCUCUCCAAGCUGCGUCUCACCAACCACCAUAGUGCAUUGAGGCAAUCUGAGCCUGAGCCAAACCCUGAUGGAGAACCAAGCUCCGAGGAGGAUCGAGCUCGAGUAUUACAACGCAGUACCCGUCACUUCGUGCUUCGUCGGAAUUCCAGGAUCUCAGAGCAGCACGCCGCGCAAAGACCCUCAGAGGGAGCUACCACGCGAGAGCAAGAGACUGAGUUGGAAGAAGACCCCGUGUUCACAUCACGACCGCAGUUUCGAGAUGAGGACUACAGUGACGAUGAGGGUGAGCGCAACGGAAACUCUACGACUCGGCGCGGCGAGACUCUGACAGGCGCGUUCAUUCGAAACUGGCAGACCUUCGACACGACGUACAUGCAGCCAAUUUUCGGUGGUCACCAGUCCCCUGCAAACCCAUUACCUGUCGACGAGGCGACCGAUUCACACGGACAGGUUGACAAGAUGCAGACGCAGAACGCCGUUUGA